AUGUCACCGAAUAUGCAUGAUUAUGCAUAUAAGCUCCGCGCCCUCUCCACUGUGUGGUCCACGCCCUCCUCCGUGCCACUGUGUCUCCGCGCCCUCUCCUCUGUGUGGUCCGCCCCCUCCCCCUUGGUGCUCUGUGUGCGGGGGCAGCUGGGGGAGACGAAGCUUCUGGGAACCAAUCCACGACAGUUUGCCACUUUCACGCGCCUGCUCUCUUCUACCAGUGUUGUGGUCUCCAUCUCCUCUCGCCCGGUUUCCAUCUCCUCUCGCCCGGUUUCGGACGCGGUUACCAACGCCAAUGUCACGAUGGCCGCAAGCGGCAGAGAAGGGGCGAGCAGCACACCAAUGCACGCACAUCGGAACUCUGGCGACAAGUUAACAAUUCUGCCUCUCCAGCAGAGUGAGGUGACUUUGACUUUCCAGUCGACUCAAAAGGCGCACAUUAGCACUGCAAACCCGUUCAGAGCAUCCCCUGUCUCGCUUUUCCGAAGCGAGGGAGAGGGCAGGCGGGAGGGAGAGGGCAGUCAGAAAGCAGCAGAGACCCCUUCCCCUUUCGAGAAUUCUGAAUGGGAUGAACAGAAGCCAGCAGAGACCUCAGGCACCUGGGAAGCAGAGCUUCGUUCUCUCUUCCCCACCAUCUCCAUCCUCCAUCGCCCUCCCUCCUGGUUGCAGCAAUCGCAGCAAGCGGACAGCACGGAGCGGGAGAGGGGGGGGCAGGAGGAUCAGGGUAGGGAAGGAGUUCAACGUGGGGAGGUGGCGAGGGAGGAAGAAUACAAGCGCGAGGCCGAGGAUGGGCUGCUGUGGCGGGUGGAUGUGGUCAAGGUGGAUGUGGCUGAUCUCGACCCUGCUCUUAUCGCCGCCUGGGCUACUGCCAUGCACGAUGCAUUGUCGUCAGGAAACACGCCACCACUACCAUCAUCACCAUCACCAUCACCAUCACCACCAUCACAACCAGCACAAUCACCGCAGCCCCUACCAUCGCCCGCACCUCGGCCACUCUCAGUGUGUCAGCUGCUCGUGUCGUUCCCCGUGGGCGAGGCAGCCACAGCAGGGAGACGGCAGAUAGACGAGCAGUUGCAGCGAGCUGGCUUCCACCUGGCCUCCUGUGUCGGUUCCGUGCCUGACUGGGACCGCCAGUGCUGCUCCUACUUCCAUGUGCGUAACUGUGUCCAUUGA